ACUGUCGCUGCAGUCGCACAGCAGCGGCUCGCUGGACUCGAUGCUGAACGUGUCCGCGGACGACGAGCGCGCGCACGACCACGUGUUCAUCACGCAGCCCAACAACGAGAUACUCGCGCUGUGCAGCUGUAACAGCGUGGGCGAGGUGCGGUCGUCGGUGGAGUCGCACGAGUCGCACGUCAACUCGGCGCACAUGCAUCCGCACUCGAACCACAAUCGGUACGUCCACCAUUUCUCCAAUGAGUCCGGCUUCGUGUCCGUGGGUCACGCGGAGAUCUCCACUGAGCACAGUUUCACAUCGUCUUUCUCUUCCCAUCACUACUCUAGCCAUACGGACAGUACUUUUAACAGUACAGACUGUGUGACCGAAAUGAAGUGCACAGUACAAAGCUUUGAAAGCCGCAUGAAUGUAACCAAUAUGAACUGUAUAACUACGCACCAUUCCACAAAACUGGCGAGCAUCACGUCGGACGAGAGCGAGACUCCGCCCGAGCUGCCCGCCAAGACGCGCCGCAACAUCCGCGCCGACGUGCAGCAACACUUCCCCAACGUCGAAAUUAGGGCGGCGUGCUCGCUGCACGGCGAGGCGCGCGAGGUGCGCGAGGCGCGGCCGCACACGCUGGCCGACCACCACCCGCCGCGCCCGCCGCCGCUGCCGCUCAAGAAGAAACACAUGUUCCAAAGCGUCGCCUACAGUGUAAUGGCGUACAUGGAGAUGUUCGGCAACUGCAGCCACCCGCCCAACAACGCGGCUGCGCCGUCUGACAUGUUCCGACAUUCCAUUCAUACCUACAAUUUGGCCAGUGCCCAGCAAACCAGCACGGGGAUAAUCAGCAUGCAGCGUCAUCAGCAAGUACAGCGUUCGAUUGCUCAGUCGUUUACUGUUCAGCACUUUGGAAAUCCACCGCUCAGUGGAUCCGAUGACAGUGUCAGUUUAACGACGUCGAGCGGCACGAGCCCGCUGCCGCCGGAGCCGCCCGCGCUGCCGCCCAAAAUGAAUAAGAACAAACAGGUUCAGAUACAUUCGAGCAACGAAUUGCUGCCCCCGCCGUCACCGCGACCCUCUUCUCACAACAGCUCUGCCGAUGAAACUCUAUUGAAUAACAUCAACUCUGAUGACUCGUUUGUGAGCACGACAGUUCCGGGCAAGUUCCCGCUGGAGGACGAGCUGGAGAUGCUCGUUCAACAGCCCACUCCGUCGCCUGUACCCUCACAGCGAAGUGAAGAAAGUACAGAGCCAGCUCCGGUGAACAACGAAAAUUCAGCGAGCCCCUCGACCGGCGGCGGCGACUCGGAGGACAUCAUCCUGCAGACCGACAUCAGCUCGUGGCUGGUGCUGAAGGCGCCGAGCAAGGACGGGCCCGAGGUGCGCGGCGGACACCCCGACGCGCUCAUCGUGCUCGCCACCAAGGCUACCAAAGAGACGGACGAGUACUUCGCGUACCAGGAGGCGUUCCUGGCGACGUACCGCACGUGGGUGCCGCCGGGCGCGCUGGUGGCGCGGCUGGUGCGGCGCGCGCGGCACCACAGCGCGCGCCACCAGCCGUUGCGCUCCACGCUCGCGCUGCUCACGCGCGUCGUCGCCGACCUCACAUUGGCAGAUUUGGAUGUUACCCUUAUGAAAGAGAUAAUGGAGUUCAUAUACUGGCUGGUUGACAUUGAGGAAUUGGCCAUAGCCAAAGCCCUGAGACAGAUUCUAGUCGAUAAACAAAAACAGUUGCAUUUCCAACAAACCAACAAUAGAUACGAAUAUGAGACGCCGUGCUACGGGUCAGUAUCCCUGCGUCGCGACACGCUUCUCGACUUUAAGGCGACGGAGCUUGCGGAACAGAUGACGUUACUCGACGCGGCGCUGUUUAUCCGCAUCACCACCGCCGAGGUGCUCUCGUGGCCGAGAGACCAGUCUGAAGAGAGCUCGCCGAACCUCACUCGAUUCACCGAGCACUUCAACAAAAUGAGCUAUUGGGCUCGUUCCAGGAUUUUGGAACAGGAGGAGGCUCGUGAACGUGAGAAAUACGCAAGCAAAUUCCUAAAAGUGAUGAAAGCCCUGCGAAAGAUGAACAACUUCAACUCGUACUUGGCGCUGGUGUCUGCGCUGGACUCGCCGCCCGUGCGCCGCCUCGGAUGGCCGCGAUCCAUCGUCGACACGCUGCACGACUACUGCACCAUUAUCGACUCCUCCUCCUCCUUCAGGACCUACAGGCUUGCGCUCGCCGAAACGCAACCACCUUGCAUACCUUACAUUGGUCUAGUCCUACAAGAUCUGACUUUCGUCCACAUCGGCAACCCAGACCUGUUGCCGGAUGGAAGUAUUAACUUCACCAAGAGGUGGCAGCAGUACCACAUCAUGGAGAAUAUGAAGAGGUUCCACAAAGACAGGCAAUACAAGUUCAAGAAAAACGAGCGCAUCCAGGCGAUGUUCAACGACUUCGACGACGUGCUGAGCGAAGAGGCGAUGUGGCAGGUGUCGGAGACCAUCAAGCCGCGCGGCGGACGCGCCCGCGCCGCGCCCGCGCCGCCGCCCGCCGC